CUCUCUCCCUCCCUCCCCGGGCAGGACGGAGCGGCGGCGGCGGCGGCGGCGGGGGCCUCGGCCCGGGAGGGGCCCCGCCAUGGAGCCGGCCGAGGUGAAGGACCGCAUCCUGCGCAACAUCGCGCUCUCCGUCCAGAAGUUGCAGAGUUACUUUGCAGCAUGUGAAGAUGAGACGCCGGCCAUCAGGAACCACGACACCGUCCUGCAGCGGCUCUGCGAGCACAUUGACCAUGCGCUGCUCUAUGGACUUCAGGAUCUCCCUUCAGGCUACUGGGUCUUAGUGGUCCACUUCACCCGCAGAGAAGCCAUCGAGCAGAUAGAGAGGCUGCAGCAUGUGGCUACCAACCUGGGACGCAGCCGAGCGUGGCUGUACCUGGCCCUCAACGAGAACUCCCUGGAAAGCUACCUGCGCCUGUUCCAGGAGAACCUCAGCCUGCUGCCCAAGUACUACGUCAAGAAUGCCCUGGUCUGCAGCCAUGACCACCUGACCCUCUUUCUCACGCUGGUCUCUGGCCUGGAGUUUAUUCGGUUUGACUUGGAUCUGGACGCCCCAUACUUGGAUUUGGCCCCCUACAUGCCCGACUAUUACAAGCCGCAGUACUUGCUGGACUUCGAGGAUCGCCUGCCCUGCUCAGCCCACGGCUCGGACAGCCUCUCGCUCAACUCCUUCAACUCGGUCACCUCCACCAACCUGGAAUGGGACGACAGCGCCAUCGCCCCCUCCAGUGAGGAUUAUGAUUUUGGAGAUGUCUUUCCUGCAGUGCCAUCAGUGCCCACCACGGCCUGGGAAGAUGGAGAACUGACAGAUAACCUCAGCUGCCCACCGAAGAGCCCAACGCAGCGGUACAACCCUUUCGACGAGAAGGUGGACGCGGCGUCCUCUGCUGAGACCACCCCAGUACACUCCGUCUCCCAGGAGAGGCCGGGCCUUGCCACCACCGAGGGCACAGAGCAGCCGGAGAGUUGCCCUGAGCUGGAGGUCAUUAGGCUGGCUAAAAAGAAGAAACCUGGCAAGAAGAAGAAGGCCAAGUCAGAAGAGGCAGCCAGCGUUGCUCCUGCCGUUGCUGUGGACCAAGCAGGGCCUCCAGAUGUGGGCAAAGGGGGCAGUCCGGCAGACGGAGCUGAGCAUCAGGAGUGCAGCCAGGUUGCCCUGUCAGGCCUCGGGGCGGCUGAGGCAGAAGCAGCCAGGGAAGCCCAGCUGGGGCUCCGGGUCCCUGCGAUGAUGGGCACCUCCAUGGACCAGGUGGGGCAGUCGCUGAGCAAGGUGGUCAACACGCUGGACGGGCAGCUGGACCCCAGCCGGUGGGGCUGCUCCGUUGAGCCCCCCGACCAGUCCUUUCGGACCGACACACCAGAGGGGCCACCCUCUGGUGGCUUUAGUGAGGGGGUGCCGGCCCCCAUGGUCUUCUACAGCUUUGCCAUCGAGAGUCCAAACCCUCUUGCACCAGGUAGUGGCCACCAUGACCCUGCAGGGGAUGGCCAACCGCCACAUGUUCCUGGUGGCCCUGAAGCUGCUGGACAAGAGGAGAAAAGAGGCGAAAGCGAGGGAGAGACUCUUGGGCCCGUAGCGAACUCUCCGCCGGCGGCUGUGAGCGUGGAGGCCUUUGGCCAGCUCAAGGGGGAGCAGGCCAGCCCCUCGCAGAGCAGUGCGGAGGACUCUGGCGUGGAAGAGGGGCAGGGCAGCCCUUCGGAAGCAGCCCACCCCUCUGAGUUCAGGGUAGACAACAACCACUUGUUACUGCUGAUGAUCCACGUUUUCCGGGAGAACGAGGAGCAGCUGUUGCGGAUGAUCCGCAUGAGCACGGGGCACAUGGAGGGAAACCUGCAGCUGAUCUACGUGUUGCUGACAGACUGCUACGUGUAUCUCCUCCGCAAAGGAGCAGCCGAGAAGCCCUAUAUGGUGGAGGAGGCGCUCUCCUACAGUGAGCUGGACUAUGUGUCGGUGGGGCUGGAUCAGCAGACGGUGAUGCUGGUCUGCACCAACCGCCGGAAGCAGUUCCUGCUGGACACGGCCGAUGCAACCCUGACGGAGUUUUUCCUGAUGUCUUUGAAGUCAGCUAUGAUCAAAGGGUGCCGAGAGCCACCAUACCCGAGCAUCUUGACUGAUGCCACCAUGGAGAAGCUUGCGCUGGCCAAAUUCGUGGCUCAGGAGUCCAAGUGCGAGAUCUCGGAGGCGGUGGUGCGCUUCUAUGGCCUCGUUCAUUGGGAAGACCCCAUGGACGAGACGCUGGGGCCUGCCCCUUCCCACGACACAGUGGCUGAGAACUGCAUCACAAAAGAAGGUGUUCUGAACUACAAAGCGGGCGCCAACUACCUGGGCAAGGAGCACUGGAAGUCCUGCUUUGUGGUGCUCAGCAAUGGGAUCUUGUACCAGUAUCCAGAGCGCACGGACGUCACCCCGCUCCUCUCUAUCACAAUGGGCGGGGAGCAGUGUGGCGGCUGCCGGAGAUCGAACACAACAGACCGGCUGCACUCCUUCCAGGUGAUCCUGACCGACCGACCCUCCCUGGAGCUGAGUGCCGAGAACGAGGAGGAGAUGGCUGACUGGAUGCAGCACCUGUGCCAGGCGGUCUCCAAAGGGGUCAUCCCUCAGUGCGUGGUCCCGCCUCCCUGUGUCCCCUGCUGCCUGGUGCUGACGGAGCAGAAAGUGUUCACGUGCCACGAGGACUGCCAGACGAGCUUCUUCCGCUCACUGGCCACCGCCGAGCUGGCAGAGGUGGCCUCGGUAUCCGUGGAGGCCGGUCAGGGGGAGUAUUGCAUCCUGGAGUUCGCCCAGGACCGCGAGCAUUACCUGCCGCCCUGGCUGCUCUACUUCAGCUGCCCGGCAGAACUGGAGCGGUUCCUGUUGGCCCUGGAUGCCGUGUGGAGAAACACCUACCAGGUGGAUCUUUUGCAUAAGCCAAUAGAGGACGGCUCCACCCGGAAGAAAUGUGAGGAUGCCUUGAGCCUGAUCCGUAGCUCGUGGCAGCGCAGCGACAGCCUCUGCCGGGGCCGUGCCUCCCGGGACCCCUGGUGUUAGCCUUCCAGCCAGCAGAGAGGGACAUGAAACGGCAGGAGGGCAGCCUGGCCCCGAAGGAGCCUGAAGCAUUUGGUGGAGGGAGCCCUUCUUGCUUCUGGGAGGAGGCACCUCCUUGGGAGGACCGGGAAUCUUCAAGCUGCUCUUAGCUGUGACGGCGGCGGUUGUCAUCGGAGGCUUCCUGCCACUUUGCAUAGCUGGGAGGGGUGGGGGCAGCCAGACUGCAAAGAGGGGCUGCUGCCCUGUGGCAGAAACACACAGUACGUGAUGUGCAUGGAACUGCCUGGCAGCCUCGCUAAACCCUUUGACCCGAGGGCCAGCAGCCAAGCCUUUCUGCUGUGGACAAGCGACUCCUCUUCAAGAAGCAGAAGGCAGACUAAUUGUUUGCGAAGAGGGGCCUGCCUGGGGUCAAGGUGGGGGGCCCUCUUGAUGAAGUGGGGUCUCCAGGAUGCCAGAGUGACGCCUGUACCAGCUGCUGGGUGGUUGGUUUUGAGAAGGGUGGGAAUCUGGAAGACUGCAGCUACCCUGCACGUCUUGCGCUGUAAGGAAAUGAACUGCCGGUCUUGCCCACUUCGCCCUACCCCCCCCUCUGCUGGGGGUUCUUGGUGGGCUCCCGCCCCUUUGUCCUGGCCCACUAGUGGGAUUGGAUAGGGUCAGGGCAUGAAAGCGCCACUUGGCAGUCCUGGGGUGUCUCCACCAUUGGCAAGCUACGGGGGGGGGGGGGGCUGCUGAGAAGCGCAUGGAGACUUCAGCAGGGGGUGGGGGCAGCCCUUGCAUAGCUCUCCCUGCAGCUGCCCCCCCCCCGUUCUGCCCGCUGCCAUUAAGCUGCUGCCCACGAAAAAGCCGCGGGGGGGGGGGGGGCUGUGCUGCGGGUGGUUGGGUGCAUUAAACCUGAUUUUAAUGGGGUGGAAACGCGCAACUGUCUUCUGUGUUGGGGGGGGGGGGGCGCUGCGUUCUGUCCCCGCCUGGCCGCCCCGCAAUAAACGGUCCUUGCUAACUCGGUGUCUGUCUGACGCGCGCGGGCCUCUCCACCGGCCCCGUGACUUUGCAACGGCG